AUGAAGAAGCGAAAUCUGAAGCUGUACGCUCUGAUACAAAUCGUCGUCCUCAUCAAAGGCUGGUCUCUCGAGAUCAACUUCGAUCAAGACGACCUGCUGCCCUCUGGCGGUCAGCGCGCCGAAGCACGAGCCUCUGGAUCUGGUGCUGACGGCAAGGGUUGUCUGCAGCCGCAAAAGUACCAAACAAAAGAAGAUACGAGGGCUCAAGAGACGUUUCGAGGUGGCGGCGAUUCAUCCGUUUAA